AUUAUUUUAUUCAAUUAUUUGAUAAGUUGUUGUAGUUUACUAUAACACAGAAAAUAAAUUAAACUAAAAUCCUGUUAAAAAUAGCAAACAAACAAAUGGCUAAUAAAAAUACCAUAUGUUUGGUGGUUGGCUGCCUAUGUCUGGCACAGUUAGCUAUGGUGGUGGUGGCCAAAAAUAAGUGUCACAACAACAACAACAAUAGUGCCGACAAAAAAGUUCACUAUCGGGUCGAAACAGUCGAAACGUUUUACUCGGAUCUGGGCGAAGGUCCGCAUUGGGAUGAAAAACAACAGGUGCUCUGGCAUACAGAUAUCAAUACCUUUCGAGUAUGUCGUCUGAAUGUUACCAGCCGUGUGGCCGACUGUCAUCAGCUUCAGGAUAUAGCAACACUAGUACAUCCCUAUCCCGAUGGCCAGAACCUGUUGGUUACACAGCGUAACAAAAUGGUUCGUCUGAAUUGGCAAACAAAACAUGUGGAUGUGUUGGGCGAAGUGGCCCCUGAACUCAAGGGUAAGGAACGAUUCAACGAUGGUAAAGCUGACCAAACAGGUAGACUAUGGAUGGGUACCAUAUUGGACAGUGAUAAGGGUGUAGUACCCGGUAAGGGUAAUCUGUAUAAAUGGGAAAACGGUAAGUUUGUGAAGGCAGCCGAUGGUUUUUAUUUGACAAACGGUAUGACCUGGAGCUACGAUAAUCGGAAAAUGUUUAUCAAUGACUCCGAGGGCCGCAAAAUAUAUGUGUUUGACUUUGAUAUCGAAAAGGGAACGUUAUCCAACAAACGUGUACUGAUUGACGGCGACAACAGUACCGACAUCACUGUCAACGACCAUCCGGAUGGCCUGACUCGCGACAAACAGGGCUAUCUAUGGUCGGCAUCGUAUGCCGGCGGCCGUGUAUUUCGUGUCGAUCCGCAAACCGGUGACGUCAUCGACUCGAUAGCCAUACCCUGUCCGCUGGUUACUACACCAGUGUUUGGCGGACCAAACUUUGACCAAAUGUUGAUUACGACUGCCUAUAAAAACUUUGGUCCCGACCAGCGGACACAGCAUCCGACCUGCGGUCAAACCCAUCGAAUAACUGCCAUUAAUUCGAAAGAUUUUGUCGGUACUGUCGACUAUCGGCCCAAACUGUAAUACUAGCUACCGUUGCCCUCAAAAAACAAUAAUAACAACUAUAUUAACUAAU